GUACACAGCAGGUAAGAUCAGCGCGUUAAAUUCAGGUAAGACGUGAAACAUAUAUUCGCAGAUUUACGGCUAACAGACUCGUGUAUUUCGUAUUUUUGAACUGAAGAAAACACAACUUGAUACCAAACGUUCGUUUUUGAGACCCCUUAAAAAUGAAAAUCUUCCUUAUAUCCAUUUUGAACUGGAUUUCAUUCUUUCGUCAUGCAACAGUAGAUGCUCAAAAUCAGUUUGAACCGUUCAUCCUGUUAAAAUCCGAAAGAAAUUCUCAGGAAAUAUCAACAGAAUCCAUUCCUUCAUUGAGUAACGAGAAUAUCAUCACACUGUGUCCACCUGAAACAGAAGACGAUAAGAGAAAUUUAGACACAAUUUCUACAACUUAUCCUUUUGCGAAGUAUUCCCUCUACCAGAAAACCUUCGAUCAAGAUCAGCCUAAACAUUGCACGGAGCAAAUUAAACCGUGGCUCGAACAUAAUGAAAAUUUAUGCGGCACGUCGUCAGACCACAAAGUAUACUUGAUGGGAUUUUACCAUUGCGGAUCAGUUGUACAUCAUCUCAAAGAAUUUCGCAAGAAAAAAACCAAACAACACUUAAUCGCCAAGUUCCGAUCGUUUAUGGGCUUGAAAAGACCUGGUCGAGAUUUGUUGAAAUUUUUCUUCCCAAUUUACCAAAUUUGCAUUGAUACGUCGAAUGAAAAAAUUAUAUGGACGAAGCACACCAUUAGGACACCAGCAAUGUUUGCGGACAGUGAAGAAAAAUUACAACGUGAAACAGGUGGAGAUAUUGAAAUCAGUACUGAUCCGUUUCAAUUUCAAGCCAAUACUUUCACAGAUCUGAAGCAGAAAUUAUUUGACAUGCAAGAUAAAUCCGACAAAAUGGUUGUAAAUUUCCUCGUGCCGAAUGAACAUGUAGCAUUGAGGGUAUGGAGAAACGCUGUAAAUCAUUACAUCAAUGUAGCUCCCCUCUGGGAAAAACUGGAAAAAUUAAUGACCGCCAUUAAUCAAGGAAUAAGGAAAAUAGCUUUGAAAUUACACUCGAAUGAACUGAAAUUGGUUAUUCGCACCGGAGUGGUCAAUUCCAUAGGCGAUGAACAAUUGACCCAAGUUAAUGAUCAAUUUCAAAACAAUAUUUGGUACAAAAUACUUCAAGUUGAACAUAACUUAACAGGGGCGUUGGUAGUUUUACAUAACACACCAAAUUCGCCACCGCAAAAGAAAAUAUGCGAAACAGAAAUGCCUUGUAAUUUAAAAAUGUGGUAUGAAAAAAAAGAUGACGACGAUGAAGAUAUUUCUGAUGAGAUUUUCGAUUACGCAUAUUGUUGCAAUGCCAGAAGUCACGAGGUUGAAAAAUUAUUUAAAAUUAAAAUUCCGUACAUAAUACCAGCACCUUUGAUUCUCGAUGAUUUUUUUAAAGAAAGUUUGGAAGGGCAUGGAAAUAUUCUAAAUGAGGAGAAAACGACCCAAAUAGCGAAGAAAAAGAUCACCAAAUAACGGAUGUCAAAAUGGAAAAAAAUUAAAUUUUGGUGUGAAUUUAGCCAAUAUUUUAAAUGAACUAUUUUUAGAAUUUUUCGUUCAAUGAUUUUGUUUGCUUCAAAUUCAAUAUAAUACCUACAUACAGAUUUGGGAAACACCCGAAAAUAGCUUUAAGUAGGUAUCUACGUACAUUAUAAGAAUUUCAACUUUCCCGCCAUUUUUUUAUCUAUUUGAAAAAACAAAUAAAGCAUGUUUGCACUCUUUCAAAGCUUUUCAAAAUUCAUG